ACCACUGAGAUGAGGCGACAGUGGCGGCGACAGGACUGAGUGCGGGAUUAGCAACUCACCGAGGUCGCUGGCUGUGGGACAGAGUGCACGAUUCAGAAGUCCCCGAGGUCGGCGGCUACGGGAGGGACCGGAUUUGGAAGUCCUCGAGGUCGGCGGCGGGGGAAACAGAACCAUCUCCAUCCGACGUUGAGCGAAGCGUGCCAUGUAUAUGAUUGGUUCCCUGAUGUGUGCACUUCUUGACACGCACAACUACAAGACAGAGCAACGCCACAGUGAUUCUUCUUCCACUCUAACGCCUCCGGUAGGUCUUCCCCAUCCGUGGUGCGUCUCUCCUCAAGGCAAUCUGGUUAAGGAGCAAGUUGAUAGACAGGACACACUUGAGGAACACCGUCUCCUUGAUGCCGUUAAAAGAGUUUAUUUGCAACAUGCAGAUCUUAGAUGGACCUUUGAAUUUCUCGGGAGCUAUAGAGCAUUUCAGAAGCUGAUUAAGAAGGUAAAGAGAUGGAAGAGGCAUGGUAGGUGGAAGUGGAACAACAUAGCAUCAACUAGCAGAGAAACUUCUCAAGUUCUUGAGAAGUUAAGAUACGAGGAAUCGGCAAAGUACUCAUGUUAUGUAGUGACAAGAGGUUUGGCAGUUAGUUCGUGUUACUACCGAUUAAGGCUUUUUAGCAGGAAUUACCUGGGUCUGAAAAGCUUCCUGGAAGUAGUGGUGUAGUGUUGGAGAUUAAAAUCAUGUAAUAGUGCAAUUUCAAUUAUGUCAUGUUACUUGACGUUCAUUAAAUGCUUAUGCUUAUAGCACCUUGUAAAUAUGCUUGUGAUGUUUUGUUAUAAAUUUUGCUUUUUGAAAUCAGACCAGAUUGUUGGAAAUUUGUAUUGUCUUGU